AUGUCGACCCUGAAUUUUGCAUUGGUCAACAACACCGGCUCGGAUACGGCUUAUGCCUAUAUUACCGGACUGGCCAUUGACAAUAACAAUGCGCUGUUCCUUUUACAGUCGGAUGGCAAGACAGCCUACUAUCCAACAUCGCCGUCGUCUACUAUCACUGCCCUGGCUGAGAACUGUGCCAUCUCACUCGGGGCGUCAGGCACUACAACGACAGUGACAAUUCCACAUUUAGCCGGUGCCCGGCUGUGGUUCUCGCGUGGUGCUACUCUCAGCUUUUACUUGAACCCCGGUCCAGCACUCGUGGAACCAUCGUCUUCAAAUCCGUCGGACGCGAACUACAAUAUUUACUGGGACUUCUGCGAGUUUACCUGGAAUAGCGCCGAGUUAUUCGUCAAUAUCAGUAUGGUAGACUUUUUCUGUUUGCCCAUCGCCCUGGCAUUGGAGAACACCUCGGGCACAACACAGACCGUCGAAGGUCUCCCAUCGGGUGCACUUGACACGGUAUGCUCUGCGCUGAAAACUCAAAACAACACCGAUGGCGCAGGCUGGGAUAAACUGAUCAUAACGACUGGCGGGGCAAACUUACGUGCCGUCUCGCCAAACACGGGCAUAACACUGAACAGCAGCCUAUUCAGCACCUACUUUGAUUCAUACGUCGAUCAAGUCUGGUCCAAAUACACCAGCGAAACUUUGACAGUGGACACUCAAGCAGCCGCUGGCAGCCUUACGGCAACGGUUUCAAACGGCACACUGAAUUUCUCAUCCGGCAGCAUCACUUACGCUCAACCGACCUCCGCCGCUAUCUUCAGCAACAGCUCUGGUAGCUUUGCCGUGUCCGGAGAUAGCACCAAGGAUGCUAUCACAGCGAGACUGGCUGCCGCGUUCAAUCGGUCUACCUUGCUCAUUGAUACAAAUCAGCCAGACGGUGAAGUUGUGAGUAACUACUACUCGAACGCGAUCACUAACCAUUAUGCGCGUAUCUGUCAUGCAACUGCACUCGAUGGCAGGGGUUAUGCAUUCCCCUACGAUGACGUGGGUCCGUCAGGUGGAGUGGAUCAAUCUGGGAGUGUUUCUGAUGGUAGUCCAAAGCUUUUGACUGUCACUGUCGGUGGUCCUCUCAGCAGCAACUCGGCUAAGGAAUCCACCAACAAGAAGACUGUUACAAAGUCUUCUUCACAGGUCAAUCAGAAACAAGGCUUGCUUCGCAAUCUGAAGAAGUUUGCUCGCAGACUGUCCCGCAGCAAAUGA